CUAUGAUGUGGAAGACCGCGGUUCUCCCUGUUGCUUUCUGCUCUCUUGCAGCGGCGUACUCACCUCUCGUUAUCAAGAACCUGAACACCCAUCAGCCGAUAGGCAACCCUGAGGGCCAAACGAACUACUACCGUAUUCAAUUCGACGUAACGUCUUCAAAUGGCGGAGCCAGCUCAUCGACGACCUGCCAAACAUCUUGGGGAGACAACUCGUGGGUUCAACCAGAGUCCUACAGUAUGGCUGUGCCUACAGGGAAGUGGAUAGCUUGCGGAGCGAAUGACUUCCGGUUCCAACUCUUCCCCUACUUCAGCAUUGGAAACUUCAGUCUUGCAGUUCAGCAGAACUUUACUGAUGCAACNAUCUUUGCGACCGCCAACACGCACAUGAGCAACUCGACUUUAGCACUGAGUUGUGACAUCAACCCGCAAGAAGUGAUGUACCAGCAACAUGCACAUGGCGAUUGCAACAUGGCCAGCAACGGCAGUGUCUCGCUUCAGGUCGAAGCAGAAGCGUGCACCUCACGCGAUGCCACAACCAUCUUUGAAGUCAGUGGGUCAUACGACAACAGUGGAGAAGAGAUCAUCCUUGUGGGCAGUAUCCCAGAACUGGGCAACUGGUCUCCAACUGAAGCAGUGUCAAUGUCGGUCACGAACCCGCAGAGUGCAGGAGCUCCAACGUUUGGCGCCAAACUCCAGAUUGCCGAGGGCACCAGCUUCGAGUACAAGUACAUCAUGCAGGAAGCCGAUGGCUCUGGCAAGACGUGGGAAUGUUGCGAGAAUCGAGUUUACACGGUUCCUGGCAAUUCUGCAUGCAGCGAAGUAAGCAUAGGCUCAGACUGGUUCAGAGGUGGUGGUUCUCCGGUCCAAACU